UGUGAACCGCACAGAUUGCUAAUUCCUGGAGAGCGCGCUGCACGUAGUGCUGCGGAUCACAGGAAACUUAAUCAAAGUUCGAAGUUUCGUAAAUAAGUAAACUCACUAGUUACGAAUCUCAACUUACGCGUGUAAUUUUUCAGUUUCAAAGUGUUGUGUAUUGACUUUUAUCAAGAUGAUGUCCUUAGUGUUGUUCGUUUUGGGAGCUAUAGUUCUAGCAACAACAGAGGGGUGCGGUGUUGGAAGACAAAUAAUAAAAUCAGGAGGAUUGUCGGCAUUUGAGAAACAAGCAAUCGUGGAUGCGCACAAUCGUCUCAGACAAUCAGUUGCUUUGGGACAGGUCUCCGGUCAACCACCAGCGGCUAAUAUGAUGGAAAUGACGUGGGACGAAGAAUUAGCAGCGACAGCGCAGCGUUGGGCUGAUCAAUGCACUCCUGCGCAUGAUCAAGCUUCCCAACGUGACGUUGGUCGCUUUCCCGUAGGCCAAAACCUCGCAGCCACUUGGACUACACGCCCUCCUAGUGACCCUUCUGACUCUCAACCUGAUUUCAUGACUCAAAUCAAUGCCUGGUUUGAUGAAGUCCGCAUAUUCGGUUUCAAGCCUAUUAGCGGAGGUCAUGGCACCGGUCAUUAUUCCCAGUUGGUGUGGGGCGAGACAUCCAAAGUAGGGUGCGGAUUCACUUUCUACUACGACAACUCAAAGGGUUACACUAGGUUAUAUGUGUGCAAUUAUGGACCUGGUGGAAAUGUUAUUGGAGUCAAUCCCUAUGAAAAAGGUUACCCAUCCUGCAGCAACUAUGGCCUUACGGACUCGCCGAAAUAUUCUGGUCUUUGCUCCGCCGGAUAUGGUGUUACUUCAAACUACCGAGUAGAAAAUACCAACAGCUACAUCUCGAAUGUCAUCCCCGGCAGCACUGGAGACUCACAAGCUUACAACUAUCAAUAUAACAACCAAUACUACAACCAAUACAAUAACCAAUACCAAUAUCAAUACCAGCAACCCAACUCUUACUACCAGCCUGUUGUCUCAUCAACUUUCAGACCAUUCAUUAGUAUAUUCAAAAGAGCAACAAAUUUACUAGCAAAACCAAAAGGACAAGUUAGAAUCGGAAGUGUAUACUCAUAAUCAUUUGCAUAUAUAUACGUAUGUCAUAUAUAUGUAGUAGAUGUAGCAGUAUUUUGUAAAUGUGACAGUUGUGUUACUCGACUGAUUAUUCGGAACUGCGCUGUGGUUUCCGGAACUUCGUAGAUAAUUUGUUAUUCCUUGGUUUUACAAGGAACUUAAUAAGAUUUUUUUCUACUUCGAUUCGCCAAUAAAGUUGGAGGUUAGGAAGGUCUCUGUUCAAUGACAAUAAAUUGAAAAUUCGAUGCUGUCGUGAAUGGCCUUCUAGUGUUAGCAGUGAGUGUAAAAGAGUGUUGUUAUUUGACUAUAUUUAUAAUAUUAUAUUAUAAUGGAAUUAAAAUAAAUAUAAUUAUUGUA